AUGAUAGAAAUAAUAGUAUUUCUGGUCUGCUGUGAUGCUCUAGAGCACAAAAGUGAGGAGGAGCCUCAAAAUAAACUCAAUGGUAUAGGAGCCAUUAUAGAAUAUGAUUCCAGAGCCGGAAGACAAGAGAAACUGGCCAUGCAGAUGGCAAUUGAUGAUUUCUGUGCUCACUCCUCCAGCAACUACUCCUACUGCCCCACUCUACUCAUUAAUGAUUUUCAAGGAGACUCCAUUCAAGCAGCUUUCUUGACAAGGACCAUGAUCAAGGAGCAAAAUGUUAGAGCGGUGCUUAUUGGAUUGGAAACAUGGCGAAACGCCCUCCUUGUUGCCGAGACUGGCAACGGCCACCAAGUCCCUGUCCUUUCAUUUACUAAUGAGGUCCCAAUCCGGACCUGUGAGCAUCUGCCAUUUCUGGUCAACGCAGCUCGAAGUCAACAAGCCCAGAUGAAAGCUGUGGCAGCCAUAAUCCAGAGUUGGCAAUGGCAGAAAGUCAACGUUAUUUACGAAGAUAUUGACUCGGCCGUGACUGGCAUCAUCCCUUAUCUCAUUGAAGCAAUUCAAACGGUAGGCUCUCAGAUAAGUAGCCUUUUGCCUCUCCCACUCUACAGCUCUAACAUUAACAUAUUGGGGAAGUUGGAAAGCCUUAAGGAGAAGCAGUGUAGAGUUUUCAUCGUUCACACUAGUUCCAUCCAUUUAGCAACCAAAAUUUUCAAGGAAGCAAAGAAUUUAGGGAUGAUGGAAGAGGGUUCGGUUUGGAUUACAACAACUUCCAUAACAAAUCAAAUCGAUUUGCUGAACUCAUCGUCGAUUUCCUCAAUGCAAGGGGUUCUAGGAAUCAAGACAUACUUUUCUCAAUCAGGGAAACGUUUCCAAGAUUUUCACUCUAGAUUUAUGGUUAAGUAUCGUAAUCAAUAUCCCCACGAGCUUAAUUUGGAACCUGGGAUUCUUGCUUUGCAGGCCUAUGAUGCUGCAUGGUCUGUGGCCCUUGCUUUGGAGGGAAGAAACCAAAGCUGUAAAGACCAUCAAAAUCGAACUGAUUACCCUAGUAAACAAUAUAAUCAUAUGGUUUCAAAUGUUUGUGGGAAAGAGCUAUUAGACAGUAUCUUAAGAAGCAACUUUGAUGGGUUGUAUGGUUCAUUUAAAUUUAACAUGAAUAAUAAGUUGCCUCAGGCUCGUGUCUUUGAAAUAGUUAAUGUGGUUGGGAGAAGCUAUAGAGAGCUGGGGUACUGGUCCGAGGGAUUGGGUUUCUCAAAGAGCAUAAUACACAAUAGUAGAAAUAAUUACAAUGUGUCAAUGAGAAUUUUAGGACAAGUGUUUUGGCCUGGUGGGCCUUGGACAGUUCCAAGAGGAUGGGCCUUACCAAAUAGCAGUAAACCAUUGAGGAUUGGAGUGCCUGCAAGGACCACAUUUAAAGAUUUUGUAGAAGUGAGAUAUGAUACUAAGGGUAAUCCAGUCGUUGAAGGCUUUUCCAUUGAUGUAUUUAAAUCAGUUGUUGAGCUUCUACCAUAUCACUUGCCAUAUGUUUUCGUCCCAUUGCACGGCCCUUAUGAUUCCAUGGUGCAACAAAUUCAGCUUGAGAGCAUCGAUGGAGUAGUAGCGGAUACAGCCAUCAUUGCCAACCGCUGUAACUAUGCAGAAUUUUCACAGCCAUAUGCAGAAUCAGGUCUUCAGAUGUUGAUUUAUUUUAAACCAAAGAGAUUAGAAAGGGCUUGGUUGUUCACAAAGCCAUUCACACCAGUCAUGUGGGCUUUCACAGUGAUCACUAACAUUUACAACGGCUUUGUCAUUUGGAGGAUUGAACGUGAUUCACAUCCAGAAUUGAACCAAGGCCCUUUCUCAAACAAAGUUGGAACUAUGCUUUCCUUAGCCUUUACAACACUAUUUUCACAACAAGGAGGAGAGAAGUUAACCAGAAACUCUUCACGGAUGGCCUUUGUAGUAUGGUUGUUCGUGGCAAUGGUCAUCACACAGAGUUUCACUGCAAGUUUGACGACUUUACUUACAGUUGACCAGCUUACUCCAACCACAGUCAGCGUUGAAACUCUAAAGAAGACUGGAGCUAAAGUUGGUUGUGAUGGGAAUUCGUUUGUGGUCAAAUAUCUUGAAGAGGUCUUACGUUUCCGUCCAGAAAAUAUCGUAAAAAUGUAUUCAGGAGAUGAUUAUCCUCAAGCUCUUCAAACUGGAAAGAUAGCAGCUGCCUUUCUUGAGGUUCCUUAUGCUAAAUUGCUCCUUUCUAAAUACUGUAACAACUUCACCACUUCUGGACAAACUUUCAAAAUUGGAGGCUUUGGAUAUGCUUUUCCUAGGAGUUCUCCUUACCUUCCUGAUAUCUCUCAAGCGAUUCUUAAAGUAACUGAAAAUGGGAGAUUGCUAGAGCUUGAGAAAAAGAUGCUCUCGUCGUACAAUUAUUGUUCAUCAUCCAGGAAUGAUGCUGAACACAAUGGCUCUCUUGGUAUGAACAGUUUCUAUGGUCUUUUUCUGAUUACUGGAGGAACCUCCACCGCUGCUCUUCUCAUCUUCAAUUUCAGUCGAGACCAAGAAGAAGACGGUGGUGGUGGUGGUGAUGAUGAUGACGACGAUGAUAAUGAUGAUGCCCAAGAGAUUGAAUUAUCUGAAGUUCAAUCUCAGGCACUGAUCGAACCUGGUCGUGAUCACCAGGAUGAUCGAGCUGCAAAUAAUAAUAAUGCUGAAGAAAAUCAUCAGUAG